UGCUCUAGUUUUGCAUGCGGAGGUUGGAGGCUCAAACCGGUCUCAUCCUCUCUUCGGCUGACCUUGGGAGCUGUAACCUGAAGUGAUCUCAGGCUCCGGGAAUCUAUGUCAGACCCUGUGCCUCCAGAUGCCCGAAACUGGCUCCCGAAGCUCUGAGAGCAAGUUGGAUGAUUAGCUGGAGAGGUGUGCGUUUAUACUCCGCGACACAGAACGCGCUGUGAACCCAUGUGACUUUGCCCAGCUGUAAGUCUCGAGGAGGCUUUAUUCUUUUCCAGGCCAUGUAAUGUUUUAAGCAGGAAAAUCUGGGACAAACUUACACUGGCUCUAUCUUGACUACCUCAUUUACCUCAUAGCUGGGGAAGCUAUGCUUCUUGAACCUUCAGUUCAUUGUCAUCAGCAACAAAGAAUGAAUGGAUCUCUGAAUCUGGUGUCAUUUGAUGAUGUGGCAAUGGACUUCAGCUGGGAAGAGUGGCAGGACCUGGACAUUGCUCAAAGGACCCUGUAUAAGGAUGUAAUGCUGGAGACCUAUAGCAACCUAGCAUCCUUGGGGCACUGUGUUCCUAAACCUAAAUUGAUUGUCAAGCUGGAGCAAGGUGCAGAACCAUGGAUGGGAGAAACCCUGAACAAGAAUUUCCCAGAUGUCCAAGAAAUGGAAGAUGUGAUUAAGACAUACCAGGAAAGUCCAGAUAAAUGUCCGUGUGAAGUAUCGGCUACCAAGAGCAAUGCAGUGGAGGAAAGAGGGAGAUUAAUAAGAACCUUUCAUUUGAGCUCAAAACAUAUGCCAAAACAGAUUAGGUAUAAUGAGAACUUAAGGAUGAGGAGUAAGGAGUUCAUUGGCUGUCAGAACAUGCUUCUCUGUAUUGAGUCUGAUGAGAUGCAUGCUUCCUAUAGGCCUAAUGUCUCUCAUGUAGUUGAACAAUACCUCAGCUGUUUGGAGCAUUAUGAGAGUCCAAAUGACAAGCAGUAUUUUGAAUAUGGUAGAGAAGGAAAAGUAUUAAACUCCGAGAGCAAAUUCUUUAGGCACAAUUGCCUAAAGAGAGAGCUCUUCUAUAGCAAUAAUGAAUAUAGAGAUAAGUCUGCCUUCAUUGGGCAAAAAAUGCUUCAGGGAGGUUGGCAAAUAUCUGAAUGUACUAAAUGUGAGAAAACAGUCUACUUCAGAUCAACAGUCACUACACAUCAGGAAAUGCACACAUGUGAGAAUCCUUGUACAUGUAGUGAAUCUGAGAAAUCUUUUAGUAAGGAAAUACACCUUACAAAAUCUCAGAGCAGAUAUGUAGAGGAGAAGUCUGAUGAGUAUAACAAAUGUGCAAAAUCUGUCUGUCAGAAGUUAGACCUGUCUUUCCGACCUCAAAUUCACAAAGGAGAGAACCCCUGUGAAUAUGAUGAAUAUAGGAAAUCUUUCACUGAGAAAUCGGCGCUCAGCAAGCAUCAGAGUACUCACAUAGGCAAGCAACUUUAUGAAUGUAACAAAUGUGGAAAGUUUUGUACCCGGAAAGCAAGCCUUACUGUUCAUCAGAGUACUCACGUAGGCAAGCAACUUUAUGAAUGUAACAAAUGUGGAAAGUCCUUCACUAAUUCAUCAACUUUCAGGAGGCAUAAGAAAAUUCACACAGGUGAGAAAACUUAUGAAUGUAACAAAUGUGCAAAGUCUUUCACCCAGAAGGCUCACCUUAGUAUUCAUCAGAGAACACACACAGGAGAGAAACCUUAUGAAUGUAACAAAUGUGGGAGGUCAUUCAAGCAGAAGUCACCCCUCAAUAGGCAUAAGAGAAUUCAUACAGGUGAGAAGCCUUAUGAAUGUAACAAAUGUGGAAAGUCCUUCACUCGUAACUCAUCACUCAUCACACAUGAGAGAAUUCACACAGGAGAGAAACCUUAUGAAUGUAACCGAUGUGCAAAGUCUUUCACCCGGAAGGCAAGCCUUACUAUUCAUCAGAGAACACACACAGGUGAGAAACCUUAUGAGUGUAAUCAAUGUAAAAAAUCCUUCACCCAGAAGUCAUCACUCAUCAUGCAUAAGAGAAUGCACACAGGUGAGAAACCUUAUGAAUGUAACAAAUGUGGAAAGUCCUUCAUCCAGAAGUCAGAUCUCAGCACACAUAAGAGAAUUCACACAGGCGAGAAACCUUAUGAAUGUAACAAAUGUGGAAAGUCUUUUACUCGGAAGGCAGACCUUACUGUUCAUCAGAGAACACACACAGGUGAGAAACCUUAUGAAUGUAACACUUGUGGAAAGUCCUUCACUCAGCAAUCAGCUCUUCUCAGACAUAAGAGAAUUCACACAGGUGAGAAACCUUACGAAUGUGACAAAUGUGGGAAAUCUUUCAAGCAGAAGUCAUACCUCAGCAGCCAUAAGAGAAUUCACAUGGGUGAGAAACCUUAUGAAUGUAACAAAUGUGGAAAGUCUUUCACCUGGAAGACACAGCUCAGUUUGCAUCAGAGAAUCCACAUAGGUGAGAUGUUAUGUAAGCAAUGUGAAAUGUCUUUCAAGCAGAAGUCACACCUCAAUGUGCAUCAGAGAACACACACGGGAGAGAAGCAUUGGGAAUGUAACAAAUGUCGAAUCUUUGACCCAGAAGGCAUAUAUCAGUUUGCAUCAUAGAGUUUACAAAAGCAAGAAACGUUAUAAGUGUAACAAAUGUGGAAAGUGUUUCACCCAGAAGGCAUGGCUCAGUGUUCAUCAUAUAAUACACAUAGGAGAAAAGCCUUAUUUAUGUAACAGAUGUGGAAAGUCUUUCAAACAGAAGUCAACCCUUAAUAUGCAUCAGAGAACACACACAGGAGAGAGACGUUAUAAAAAAUGUGGAAAGCCUUCCAACCAGAAGUCAAAUCUCACUAUGUAUCAGAGAACUAGAAAACUAAACAUCAAAGAAAACUAAUGAAUGUAACAGAGUACAAUGUUUGUAAUAAGAAGUCCAUCUUCAGUGUACAUCAUAGAACAUACAGAGAGAAACUUUAUGAAUAUAAACUGGUAUUAGAGAUCUGAACACAUGACAGAAUCUCUGUAAUUUUAAGGAAUAGAGGAUGUUUUUCAACAAGAAGUCAACCUUCAAGCAUUAGAGCAUUCACAUAGGAACGAAACCCAAUUUAAGAAAAUCUCUUAGAAAUUAAUUAUAAGAAGAUAAGUUAUUUAGAGAAAUCUUACAUGGUAAAGGUAAGGUAGGUGUCCAUUUUCUACUCUUGGACACUCACUGACCCAUCAUUUCUUAUCCUGUCAUGGUGUUGAAUGGGUAUAAUGUACCUGAAUAUUAUCCAAAGGAUUUGGACAAAAUGAUGGUCAUUACUUCCAGGCUUGACAAAUGGAGAGUGAAGUUAUUGAUUUGUAUCUUUUAUAAGAAAGAAUGUUUUGCCAAGGUAAUGUUAUAACCUCCUCAGAAGCUCUGGCACUUUUGGACUAGAGUCAGAAUCUCCAAGGUGGCUUAGGGAGUAAUAGGUGGGAAAAGACUAUCAGUGGUUUUAGCCAAGGCAAUGAGAUCAUCAGUUUCUCCACUGCUCCCCUAAAGUCUCCCUUGUUUCCGAUUUUAUGUAUGAUCCAUGUCAUUUAACAUAACUUACUAUUUCCAGUUCACUUGUUUUUUUUUUUUUGGUUGGUUGUGGAGCUUCA